CAUCUCACACUUUUACCGGCACGAGCAGACGAUAGAGAUAGACGAGACAAGAAAGAGAAAAAACGAGACUAAACGAGAAAUAGACGAUUUCGAAAAGAGAAACAGAAUGCUCAUAGUCUUCUCCUGAAGUUACGUUACGAAGUUGUAUUAUUUAUUUAUUUAUUUACUUAUUUAUUUGUCAUUGUGAGUUUUAUUUGUAAGUUUCACGCCGAAGAUAAAGUAGGAAAAGUUAAGUUUAAGCAGAGUUAACGUGCGUCGAUACGUCAUCGAGAUUUUUGACAGAGCACGAUGGAGGACGGAAAGAAGCUGACCUUUCCUCUUAUGCUGACUGUUGGGACAGCUGUGAUCGGAUCACUUCAGUUUGGCUACAACUCAGGUGUCAUCAAUGCCCCGCAAAAGAUCAUUGAGAUGUUCUACAACGAAACAUGGUAUGAUCGAUAUCAAGAGCCCAUUGCUAAAACGACCCUGACCACUCUGUGGUCCUUGUCUGUAGCCAUCUUUUCUAUCGGCGGCAUUGUUGGAUCCUUCUCCGUUGGGUUGUUUGUGAACCGCUUUGGAAGGCGAAACUCCAUGCUCAUGGCUAACGUCUUAGCUUUUAUUGCCGCAGCUUUGAUGGGCUUCUCCAAGAUUGCUGCAUCUUGGGAAAUGCUCAUUAUUGGACGGUUCGUAGUGGGCCUUUACUCGGGUCUGUCCACUGGUUUCGUGCCCAUGUACAUUGGUGAGGUGUCACCCACAGCUCUCAGAGGUGCCCUGGGCACUCUUCAUCAGCUGGGCGUCGUCGUCGGCAUCCUCAUGACACAGAUCUUCGGUUUGGAGUCUCUUAUGGGUAACGCCGACCUGUGGCCGUUUCUUUUGGGUUUCACCUUCGUCCCAGCCCUGCUGCAGUGCAUCUUACUGCCCUUCUGCCCAGAGAGCCCUCGAUUUCUACUUAUUAUCCGCAACGAGGAAAAUAAAGCCAAAGCAGUGCUGAAAAAGCUUCGCGGGACGACGGACGUGAGCGCAGACAUGCAGGAGAUGAAGGAGGAGAGCAGACAGAUGAUGAGGGAGAAGAAGGUGACCAUACCCGAGCUCUUCCGCUCUCCGUUGUACCGGCAGCCUAUCCUGGUCGCCAUCGUGCUCCAUCUAUCCCAGCAGCUGUCUGGAAUCAACGCUGUGUUUUACUUCUCUACAAAGAUUUUUGAGAAAGCAAAUGUGGAGCAGCCUGUUUACGCCACUAUUGGUACUGGAGUCGUCAACACUGCUUUUACUGUAGUAUCACUGUUUGUGGUGGAGAGAGCAGGCCGCAGGUCUCUGCAGCUCUUGGGAUUGUUGGGAAUGGCUGGAUCUGCUAUAUUGAUGACCAUCGCUCUUGCCCUUCUGGAUCAAGUCAAGUGGAUGUCUUACGUGAGCAUAGUGGCCAUCUUUGGAUUCGUUGCUUUCUUUGAGAUCGGCCCGGGCCCCAUCCCAUGGUUCAUCGUGGCCGAAUUGUUCAGUCAAGGUCCGAGACCCUCUGCCAUGGCCGUUGCCGGAUUCUCCAACUGGACGGCGAACUUUAUCGUGGGCUUUUGCUUCCAGUAUGUGGAGGAGCUGUGUGGGCCGUACGUGUUUGUCAUCUUCACGUUGCUGUUACUCGGCUUCUUCGUCUUUACCUACUUCAAAGUCCCAGAGACCAAGGGUCGGACGUUCGACGAAAUCUCCUCCGGCUUUCGUCAGACAGCAGCAGAGAAGCACUCGCCCGAAGAGCUUAACAGCCUAGGGGCGGACUCUCAGCUUUAAGCCCCACCCUUGACCCCGCCUCCCCUCAUCUAUUCUGCACGCGACUACUGAGGAGAGGGGGAUUCUGGGCUGUCAAUCAAACAUUUCCUUCCUCCCCGGCCACUCUCCUUGUUCCCACUGAACACAAGGCAGGGAGUAAGAGUUUCAUAAUCAUUUUAUAUAUAAAAAAAGAUGUUUAUUGUAAGACUUCUUACAUCUCUUGGCUACUUCUUAUUCGUUUUUACUGUUACUUUUCUACUGGGGUGUGGAAGAUUUUACAGUCAACAAACAUGGUCUUUCCCGAACUAGCAUUUUGAGGUUAAAAAUUGGUUUUAUCUCUCAAGGUCAAUGCUGGAUGAACUCUUGUUGUUCAAUACUUUAUUACUGUAUUCCAGAUAACUGUAAUCCCCACUGUCGUCAGUCUUCACACAAGUGCAGUUGCUUUGAUAAAUCGGGACAAAUGCAUGACUAUGUGUAUCUAUGAUGUCACCAGUAUGCAUGGAUAGUUUUUUUAAAGACUGAUUUUAACACAUUGUAGGUUAAUCUUGUUUUUAAGAUAUUAUUUUUAUCAUAUCUUUUAAAUGUAUUUAUAUAUAUUUUUUUCACAAGUUUAGUUGCUUUUUCCUGGAGUGCAAGCUUUGAAUUAUACUUUGAGGUGAUAAAUACAUUUCCUAACAAAUCUAUUAUCUAUUUGUUAAGUAAAAUUAAGUAACAUAGCUAAACAUCACUAAUGCCUUUUUAAGAAACAGGUCACUCAAAAAAAUUUAUCUGUCAUUAAACUUUACAUUUUUCUGUGGAGAAAAAUUACAAAAAUGUAAAGGUUUGGGUGAACUAAUCAUUUUACCAAAGAUCAGUCACUUUGUAACACAUGAUGGAGUGAUACUUAUAUGUUACCCUGGACCACAAAACAGUCAUAUGGGUAAUGUUUUUUUAAAUUUAGAUUUAUAAUGAAUAAAUAAGCUUUCCAUUGAUGUAUGGUUUGUUAGGAUUGGACAAUAUUUUUGUAAUCUGAGGGUGCAAAAAAUUAACAUAUUGAGAAAAUCGCCUUUAAAGUUGUCCAAAUGAAGUCCUUAGCAAACAUUUUACUAAUGAUAAGUAGAUUUUAGAUAUAUUUAUGGUAGGAAUUUUACUAAAUAUAUUAAUCAAACAUGAUCUUUAUUUAACAUCCCAAAGAAUUUUGGAAUAAAAAAAAUGUAUUGUUGGCUAUUGCUACAUUUAUACCCGUAUGACUGGUUUUGUGGUUCAGGGUCACAAUAUAUGAAGUAUUUAUAAGUUACUCUUCAUCUUUUCUCAGAAAGUAUUAGCAUCAGUACUUUAUCAACUGAAUGUCAAUAAAACAGCAAUAAGUACUCCUUUAUUUUCCUUAGGUCACAUUCAUGAUGUCACAUAUCCAUUCAGACAGCUUUACUUAGCUUGCAUUUGCUAGCUUUGAACUAAGCCAGGUCAGAAGUUUGAACGAAUGCUUUUUGCACAGUCGACUGAUAUAUAGACUCACUGAACAGUUGUCCAGUUAAAAAAAAAACACUUUCUUAAAGAGAGACCAAAAUGCACUGACUCCCAUGGGAUAAUAGUGUAAUGUACAGCCUUCAUAUGUUGCUGCAUGCUAUAAGAAUGGUUUGAAAAGAGACAAAAGAAAUCUGCUGUUAAACUUAAGCUUGUGCCUUGCCAUGUUUCUAUCUUGUAGAAUUAUGAGGGUAGUCUCGCAAAAUUUCAAAUGUCUUUUAGGCAUAACAUAUUUGGAUGACAUUUUUCUAUUUGUAUUCUGCUUGUAAACUUCCCUGGUAUGAAGCACUCCAUAAUUUGCUUAACUUAUUUCAUUUUUUAAGAGAGGAAAUGCAAUUGAUGGUCAGCCCUAUAAAUUCACCCUCAUAUAUUGAUCAAGAUGCAUCAAAUGAAUGCCGAUGAUUGAGUUUUGUGUGCUUGUGGUGUAAAUUAAUAUUUUCCAGACAUCAUUCCUCGUGGGAGUAUAUUUCUGUGUAUUUGUAAAGUUUUUAUACAUUAAAAGUCCACACAGGAUGUUUUCCGGCUCGUAUGCAUGUUCACGUAUAAACUGAAUGCUCAAACUGAGUAAAUCCAAUAGUUCUUACUGAAAUCAAUUAUUGUGUGUGUGUGUUGCUGUUAACACUGAAUGAAACGGAUACACGCACAGACUUUUAAUGUAUGGAGUUUGAAUUACAGCUGUAUAUGUAAAUAGUGAAUAUUGAAUGUAUGAUAGAUUUGGUUAUGUUAUGCAUAGUUUAAUAGUAUGGUUUGUAGUAGUACAUGUAUACAGGUUUCUAUAUCUGUUUUCUGUUUUUUUUAUGUAGUAUAUUUCACUCUACCCCUGAUGCACUAUUAUAGUCAAUACUGUAGUGUAAGACAAUGUUAACACCUUGUUGUCUUUGUUUACCAUACUGUAUUUAUUAGGUUAAGUAAUUUAUUUAGUUUAUUUUGCUGUUAGUUUUACUACUGUUGAUGAAAAUAAAAUUAUUACAAAACUUUA